GGAAAAUGAACUUACGGGUGGAAGAUGCCCGUUGGGUUGAACACUCGCUAGCUGAAAGCUGAAGCGUGGUCGCCAGCCUGUGCGGAGGAGAACAGGAUGCGGGUCACCAUGAGGAGGGUGUUGCUGGUGGUGGGCUCAGUGGUCGCCCUGAUGGUGACUCUGCACCUCGGCCAGCAGGUCCUGGAGUGCCAGCAGGUCCUGAGCGAGAGGAGACACAGGCUGAUGAGACCUGAGAACGAGGAGCUGGUCAUGAUGGACUCCAACCACGUCGAGUACCGUUACAGCAAGGAGAUGCCCCUGAUAUUCAUUGGCGGGGUCCCACGGAGCGGCACGACGCUGAUGAGGGCCAUGCUCGAUGCACACCCUGAGGUGCGCUGCGGAGAGGAGACCCGCAUCAUCCCCCGCGUGCUGGCGAUGCGGCAGGCCUGGUCCAAAUCGGGGCGAGAGAAGAUGCGCCUGGACGAGGCGGGGGUGACAGACCAAGUUUUGGAUGCCGCUAUGCAGGCCUUUAUACUGGAAGUGAUCGCCAAGCACGGUGAGCCAGCCAGGUAUUUGUGUAACAAGGACCCCUUCACGCUGAAGUCCUCUGUCUACCUGUCCAGGCUGUUCCCCAAUUCCAAAUUCCUCCUGAUGGUUCGAGAUGGCCGGGCUUCGGUCCACUCCAUGAUCACGCGGAAAGUGACGAUCGCGGGCUUCGACCUGAACAGCUACCGAGACUGCCUGACCAAGUGGAACAAAGCCAUCGAGGUGAUGUACUCCCAGUGCUUGGAGAUCGGGCGGUCCCGCUGCCUGCCCGUCUACUAUGAGCAGCUGGUGCUGCACCCCGAGCAGUCCAUGCACGCCAUCAUGAAGUUCCUGGACAUCUCCUGGAGUGACACGGUGCUGCACCACGAGGAGCUGAUAGGGAAGCCCGGCGGGGUGUCGCUUUCCAAGAUAGAAAGAUCAACAGACCAGGUUAUCAAGCCGGUGAACAUGGAGGCGUUAUCUAAGUGGAUCGGGCACAUCCCGGGGGAUGUGCUGCAGGACAUGGCCCACAUCGCACCGAUGCUCGCCAGGCUCGGCUACGACCCCUAUGCCAACCCACCCAACUACGGCCACCCCGACCCCUUAGUUGUCAACAACACACACAGAGUUUUAAAGGGGGAUUAUAAAACGCCAGCCAAUUUGAAAGGUCAUCUGCAGGUGACUCAGAACACAUCAUCUUCUCACUAAGAAAAUUAAUGAUUUCCAGAAUGCUGCAAAUGGCCUUUUGUUGUCCAACAAAGAAGAGUUUGCAACGGCACCAGUGGAAAUCGGUUAUCCAAGCAUAUUGCUUGCUAAUACUAUUGCCAAAACGACUGCUGUACGAGGAAUGUAUUUGCAUUUAUUUGCAAAGGCCAAACACCUUCCCCCUGGGACACCCGCCGGCUGCCUUUUCCGAGCGCUCCGUGGUGGAAGCACCUGUGGACGUCCGCACUCGCCGGGGCCGUCGGCGUGCCUCGGGAGGAGGUUUUGUGUGCCGUGGCCGGAGGACUCGUCAAAUCGCGUCUAAGUGUCUCGUCACGCUGUUCUCUAAUUGCGGGUCGGAGGCCCUGUCCUGACCUCGCAGAGCCUUCGUCGUGCGAGUGACCCCCCGCGCCCCCGCCCUUCACUGUGACUUACAGAGGCUAUUGCAGAGUUAAUA